AUGGAGAUGGAUGAUGUUUUUUUCAACGCCAAGCUCAACAUCUCGGCUGCAGAAGGAGAUGAAACCAGAGGCCUAGUCUUUGAUCGGAAGCCCUUGGUCACGAACCCCUGUAUGACAGUGGCGAAAGUACCAAGGACUCAAAAGGACAUGUCAUUGUAUGUGUUCUACUCCCACUGUUUCCUUCGCCAAGGGGAAAAGCCUCUGAACAAACGGGGCUGGGUGUUCCAAGAGCGAAUACUUUCACCCCGCAUCAUUCACUUCAGCGAAGACCAGGUCUUCUGGGAAUGCUGGUCUCUUAGAGCAUCGGAAAUUUUGCCUCACGGGGCACCCAAUCCCACGUUGACAGAUCAAAAUAAACGUAUCGGGAUAGACUCAACAACAUUUGAUUCACAGGAGAUCAGAUCGCGGUGGUGCGAGCUCGUGGGGACGUACUCAAGUACCUCCCUUAGCUUUGUUAACGAUCAUCUCCUCGGCAUAUCGGCCGUGGCGAAGAGAUUUUGCACAGCGAUGCGCGUACAGCCGUCAGAGUACUUGGCCGGCAUGUGGAAAAAUGACCUUCCACUAUCGAUGAUCUGGCAUCAGGAUUCAAUCCCUGGAAGAGAGGGACCCGCGAAACAUGAGCCUGAUCUCGAGAUGGAACACGCCCCAUCGUGGUCCUGGGCAUCAAUCAUGGCAUCGACCACGAUUGCUGACCUACCGUCAGUCUUGGCAUCGUCCACGAUUGCUGAAUCAUCGUCACUCGUGGCUACCACCUCGGUCAUCAAUAUCGAGAUUCGACGAAGAUCACGAAACUUUUUUGACGGUACAGAUCUUUGUCGACUCCGUCUCCGUGGUCCACUUUGCAAGUUUCGCCGGCACUUGCAGGAUCAUAUCCCUUGGAUUCAGAUUGCGGAGGACACCCCUUUUCAGGAAGUUGACCACUUGGAACACUGGAGACUCAGGUUCAUCCUAAUUUUCUGGGAUACAGCUCGAAGUUUCGCGUCGGAGGAGUACUUCUUGCUGCAUAUUGCUACAAUCGCGACGGACGAAGAGCCCGAGGAAGGACACGGUGUGAUCCUCUUGAGAACAGCUGAGCGUGGGACGUAUAAGCGGGUGGGCGCAUUCUGGCUCCCAAACGCAACUAAGUAUUUUGGCUCAAAACUCGAAGACGCGUUCAAUGGUGAUUUAAAAACCCUUGACACAGAGGACUAUCUCGAAAUCGACUCUGACGGGAAGUACACAAUCGAUGUGAUCUAG